GCUGCGGCGGCGCCGGGGCUCGUCCUUCGCCCGGCGGGUUGCGCGAUGUGAGCCUCUGGCGCGCAGAACCUGCGGGCGCGGCGCGAUGGAGCGCACCAAGCUGUUCGUGGCGCUGGAUGUCCUGUGCCUGGUGCUGGCCUCGCUUCCGUUCGCCAUCCUGACCCUGGUGAAUUCUCCCUACAGACGGGGUUUCUACUGUGACGACACUUCCAUCCGCUAUCCGUACAAGCCGGACACCAUUACGCACGGGGUGAUGGCCGGCGUGACCAUUCCCUGCACCGUUCUCAUAAUUUCAGCCGGCGAGGCGUACCUGGUCUACAAAGAGCGGCUGUAUUCUCGCUCCCAGUUUAACAAUUAUCUGGCUGCCCUGUAUAAAGUUGUUGGGACGUUCCUGUUUGGCAGUGCCGUCAGCCAGUCGCUGACCGACUUGGCGAAGUACAUGAUCGGGCGUCUGCGGCCCAAUUUCCUGGCGGUCUGUCAGCCUGACUGGACAAAAGUGAAUUGCUCGGUUUACGUCCAGGUGGAAGACGUGUGCCAGGGCAACGCCAGAGACAUCACAGAAUCCAGAUUAUCAUUCUAUUCUGGACAUUCUUCGUUUGGGAUGUACUGCAUGAUGUUUUUAGCGCUUUACGUUCAGGCCCGCCUGGUUGGCAGAUGCGCCCGGCUGCUGCGCCCGACUAUCCAGUUCUUUCUCCUCUCCUUCGCCAUCUACGUGGGCUACAGCCGGGUGUCGGACUACAAACACCACUGGAGCGAUGUGUUGGUCGGCCUCCUGCAGGGAGCACUGAUUGCUGUCCUUACUGUCCGCUACAUCUCCGACUUCUUCAAACAGAGGCCCGUGACGCCGUGUGCCGAAACAGACCUGGGGCGCAAGCCCAGCAUCCCCCUGCCGCUGAGCGAGUCCGAAUGCAACCACUGCAACUACCGGGUGUCCGUGUGAGCGGGGCGAUUAUGAGUGGAUUUGAUUUGAGUGGUGAGCACAUCCCUGCCUUUAAUGGGGAAGCGCUUCCUCUCCGCGAGCAUUUCUACCUUCCAUUGGGACUUGUCCAAUGAAGAGGAGGAACAGCGGGACGUUUUUUCCUUUCGUUCUUCUUUUUCGGUUGUUUUUAAGUGGUUGUUUUGUACCAUGCCCGAUGCUACUGCACAAUGCCUUUGUCACUUGAGAAUGCCUGCCUCACCGACCCAUAAGCCAAGGACUGGGACAGAAUCCAAACAUUUUCACACUUGAGGUCUGUUGCUAAGCACCUUCUGGACAAACACUUUCCGUGCGGGGUAAAUAGCACAUGUGUUUAUGUUCAGCUUGACAGCCAGCUUUUUAUCUGGACUUCGCCCUCGUGCCUUUAACACCAGCUUGCUUUGCAAAUGUUAGUGGGUAUCUGAUCGUUCUCGCUCCCCAGAAGCGAGGAAGGAUUCACGAGCGCUUCUGCCCAUCAUGCGGACAAGCAAAGAUCCAAAAGUAGGUAGGGUGUUUUUAACACCCUUUUUGUUGCUUUAAUUUCCCUCGUAUGUGGGUACGAUUCUUAGGUGCCAGAUGGGAACCAUUGGGGGCUCGUGCCAGAAUGCAGACAGACCCCCUGAAAUGAGGUUCCGUGCAGAACGUUUGCUCCUUAGAAAGCAAAUUGCGACCCGGUCAAUAUCUUAAAACUGAGCCCACGAUGGGAUACCAGAAGUCCCAGGACUGGGCGUGAACGAUGAUUUUUGAACUGCUAAACUGGGGGUACUCCCUCUCUGAUGCCAAGCAAAGUUUUUGUACUUUGGAUUUUUGUUUUUCCAGUUGGUAAAAUUGAGAAAAAAUUAAUAAAACUGAAAUGGACUUUUUAAGUAA